CACUGUGGUGUUUAUGUAGCUAGCCAAGGUCUCUGCAGGAAGUUAAAAUCUACACUUUUGAGUACUGAUGUUGCUUGUCUGAACUCGUUUAGGUCUCCUGACUUGGGUGACAACCUGCUGACCAGACCUGGACAACCCACAGUGGCACGGAUACCUCCACCUAUCUUGCCAAGACCAUCCCAGCAAACAGCAAGCAGCAGUCUGAGCGCUUUCAGGCCAGCAUAUAGCAGCUCUUUUUCUCCAGGCUAUGGUUCAUACGGAACCUCUUUUUAUGGAAGCUAUAGCCCGUACAGUUACGGAUAUGGUGGUUUGGGCUACAACCGCUUCCGCACAGAUGAUAUUCCUCCCAGCAGGUUUGUCCAGCAGGCUGAGGAGAGCAGCAGAGGUGCCUUCCAGUCCAUUGAGAGCAUUGUGCAUGCCUUUGCCUCGGUCAGCAUGAUGAUGGAUGCAACCUUUUCAGCUGUCUACAACAGUUUCAGAGCUGUGUUGGAUGUGGCCAACCACUUCUCCCGCCUCAAAGUUCACUUCACAAAGGUGUUUUCAGCUUUUGCUCUAGUAAGAACUAUCAGGUACCUCUACCAGCGCCUGCAGCGGUUGCUGGGGCUGCGCAAGAGCUCUGAGAAUGAGGAUUUGUGGGCUGAGAGUGAGGGGACAGUAGCUCAUGUUGGCGUUGAAGACAAGAUGGCUAGCACUGCCAAAUCCUGGCCCAUUUUCUUGUUCUUUGCUGUGGUCAUGGGAGGUCCCUACCUGAUUUGGAAGCUUCUUUCUACAUACAGUGAUGAAGAAACAGUGGCUAGUAACUGGAUGAGUGGACAAGAUGACCAUGUGGUUGGAAGAGCAGAAUAUGACUUCAGUGCUCUCUCAGAAGAAGAGAUUUCUUUUCGUGCUGGUGACAUGCUGAGAUUAGCCCCCAAAGAACAACAACCCAAAAUCCGUGGUUGGCUGUUAGCUAGUUAUGAUGGCCAAACAACAGGACUUGUGCCAGCUAAUUACAUCAAAAUCUUGGGCAAAAGAAGAGGGAGGAGAACAGUGAACCUGGAAAAUAUUCCGAAGCAACAGCCAACCGUUCCCACCACAUCUGUGAGAAAAGCUGCUGCUGCUGCAACUUUAGAGGAGCAGGAAGCUGCUUUUGAAACUGUUUUUGCUGGAAGUAAUAAAGUUCCUGUUGCAUCUGACUCCACUGUGGUUAGUGGAGAGAAACAGGAGCUCUGA